UUUCUAAGACACGAUUAUCUGAAAAAUCUAAAAAAUCCAAAGUAUCAAUUCAAAAAGAAAUUAAUAUAACCGAUUUAGAAGAAAAUAAUACAGAAAAAUCUGAAGAAGAUAAUUAUUCUAAAGUUAAUGUAACACGUUAUAAGGGGAAGGAUCCAGAUGAAUUUUUAUUUGUAGACAUUUUAUUAGACUUAAUACUUUCAUCAUUGCAGAAGUUAAUCCUGUUUUUGACAAUUACUAUAGAAAAAACAAGUCAAAUCUUAUAUAAUGUAAUGGAAAAAUUUAAAGUUUAA